AUGGUCGACAGAGGGACAGAUGUGGCUCUGGGGGUCCACUGGAUCCCCGGGGGCAGCCGCAGGGGACACAUCAGGCUGCAUGCUGACCCCUCCCCACCCUUGAGCGAGGCUGCCUUGUGCUGCUCUGGGACCUGCACCCAGCUUGGACUGCCUGAUUUGUGGGCCUCAGGAGCAGCUCAUACGGAUAAGGGGCAGGGCAUGGAGACAAAGUAUGACAUUUUCUCUGACAGUGACGCCAAGCCCUGUGAACUAACCAGAAGGCAGCGUACUGUGCGCCCUGCCCGGCGCCGCCACCCCCUUCCUGCCCGCCACCAUGCCACCUGCCUCUGCUCCCAGCUCAAUAAAUACCCGAGGCUCAGAGGGAGGGCCACCCAGAGGCUGACGCACACCAUGGGGCGCCUGCAGCUGGUUGUCUUGGGCCUCGCCUGCUGCUGGGCAGUGGCCAGUGCCGCGAAGGGGUCCCAGGAGCUAUGGGGACUUGGGCGUGGGGCCAUCGACUCUGUACCCAGCCAGCUAGGCCCUGUGCUGGAAGAUGAGAGGGGGAAAAAGGAGGCCCCACCCCUCAGGAAGGAGGAAGUUUGCAAGGGCCUGAUCCGGCGAGCCAUCAGCCAGAGCGGUGUGGCCCUGAGCUCCUGGGUCAUCCAGAAAAACCCCCUCUUCUGGGCCAAAAAGCUGGCGGAGAAGGUGGGUUGCCCUGUGGAGGACACUGCCAGGAUGGCCAAGUGUCUGAAGGUGACCGAUCCCCGAGCCCUGACGCUGGCCUAUAAGAUGCCGCUGGCAGGCAUGGAGUACCCCAUGCUGCACUACCUGGGCUUCCUCCCUGUAAUUGAUGGAGACUUCAUCCCCGAUGACCCCGUCAACCUAUACGCCAACGCCGCCGACAUCGACUACAUAGCAGGCACCAACAACAUGGACGGCCACAUCUUCGCCAGCAUUGACAUGCCUGCCAUCAACAAGGACAAGCAGGAAGUCACAGAGGAGGACUUCUUCAGGCUGGUCAGUGGGCUCACCAUCACCAAGGGGCUCAGAGGCGCCAAGACAACCUUUGACGUCUACACCGAGUCCUGGGCCCAGGACCCAUCCCAGGAGAACAAGAAGAAGACUGUGGUGGACUUUGAGACUGACAUCCUCUUCCUGGUGCCCACUGAGAUUGCCCUGGCCCAGCACAGAGCCAACGCCAAGAGUGCCAAGACCUACACCUACCUGUUUUCCCAUCCCUCUCGGAUGCCCACUUACCCCAAAUGGGUGGGGGCGGACCAUGCAGAUGACAUCCAGUAUGUCUUCGGGAAGCCCUUCGCCACCCCCCUGGGCUACCGGCCCCAAGACAGGACAGUCUCUAAGAACAUGAUCGCCUACUGGACCAACUUUGCCAAAACAGGGGACCCCAAUAUGGGCAACUCAGCUGUGCCCACACACUGGGAUCCCUACACCACCGAAAACGGUAGUUACCUGGAGAUCACCAAGAAGAUAGACAGCAACUCCAUGAAGCGGGGUCUGAGAACCAACUUCCUGCGCUACUGGACUCUUAGCUAUCUGGCGCUGCCCACGGUGACUGAUCAGGGGGCCACCCCCGCACCCCCCGCAGGGGACCCUGAGGCCACCCCUGUCCCCCCCACGGGUGACUCUGAGGCCGCCCCAGUCCCCCCGACGGGUGACUCUGAGGCCGCCCCAGUCCCCCCGACGGGUGACUCUGAGGCCGCCCCAGUCCCCCCGACGGGUGACUCUGAGGCCGCCCCUGUGCCCCCCACAGGUGACUCUGAGGCCGCCCCUGUGCCCCCCUCGGGUGACUCUGAGGCCGCCCCAGUCCCCCCGACGGGUGACUCUGAGGCCAUCCCUGUCCCUCCCACGGGUGAUUCCGAGGCCGCCCCUGUGCCCCCCACAGAUGACUCCAAGGGAGUUCAGAUGCCUGCAGUCAUUGGUUUCUAGCAUCCCAUGAGCCUUGGCCUCAAGAGGCCACAAGGGAGGGACCCCAGGGGCUCCCCUCCCCUCUUGAGCUCUUUCUGAAUAAAACCUCAUUCCCCUGU